CUCCCCACCUAAUCAAAUGUAUCUAUCUAUAUGGAUUAUAUAUAUGAUAAUAAUAUAUCGAAGCGAGCAGAGGCUAAGCCACCAGUUGUACAGCAACCAAACAACCGCCGGAAAAAUGGAAGUCAAAAUCAUCGAAACCGCCCUUGUCCACCCCUCUACGCCGCCCUUCCACCAUGACCAUCUUCUCUCUCUCUCCCACCUUGACAACGACCGUAACCUCAAUGUUACCUUCCGUUACCUCCGCGCCUACGACAGCUCCAACCGCCGGGACGCCGCGGCCGACCCCUUCCACGUCGUCACCACGGCCCUCUCGGCGGCCCUCGUCCACUACUACCCCUUCGCCGGAACUCUACGCCGCCGCGACUCUGACGGCCGCCUCGAGCUACACUGCGAAGUGGGCCGAGGCGUCCCUGUGGUUCGCGCCGAGGUGGACUGCUCGUUACAAUCGGUUAACUACCUCGACGACCCGGCCGAGCUCUGGAUCGAAAAACUGGUUCCGGACCCGGAUGCGUCCGAGGGUCUGGCAGAUCCGUUCGUUCUACAAAUCACGAUGUUCAGGUGUGGCGGCUUCAGUCUCGGGGCGGCGGUGCACCACUCACUAGGCGACGGACUCGGGGUGACUCAGUUCUUCAAUGCCAUGGCCGCGUUUGCCCGCGGGUCGACCCAGUUGUCGGUGGAGCCGGUUUGGGACCGCGCAAAUUUGCUAAGGCCUAGAGACCCGCCAAGGGUAGAGUUCCCGAUCCACGAGUAUCUGACGUUGGAAAGCGGCACGGCCGGAUACCGGUCGAGUGAACCGGUUUGCAGAGAGUGCUUUCGUGUGAAGGAGGAGUGGUUGGACCGGCUCAAGCUGUUCCUGCAUGAGUGCUCCGGUCAUAACUUCACCACUUUUGAAGCUUUGGGUACCUUCAUUUGGCGAGCGAAGGUUAAAGCGUCUGGAAUUGCAGGGGAUGAGAAGGUGAAAUUCGUUUACGCCAUGAACAUGAGGAAGGUAGUGAAGCCUCCACUGCCUGCAGGCUACUGGGGCAAUGGCUGCGCGCCCAUGUACGUUCAACUCAGCGCCAAGGACUUGGUUGAGCGACCCCUCUGGGAAACGGCUUUGCUGAUCAAGAAGAGCAAGCACAACGCCACCGACGAGUACGUGCGGUCGUUCAUCGACUUCCAGGAGCUGAAUUACGAGAAAGGGAUCACCGCCGGCGGCGGCGUGACCGGGUUCACCGACUGGCGGCACUUGGGGCACUCGACGGUGGACUUCGGGUGGGGAGGGCCGGUGACGGUGCUGCCACUCUCCCGGAACAUUCUGGGCAGCACCGAGCCCUGCUUCUUCUUGCCAUUUUCUUCGGCCAAAGGCGGCAAUAAGGACGGGUUCCAAGUUCUAGUUCAUGCAAAAGAGGCUGCCAUGGCUGGCUUGAAAGCUGAGAUGGAGGAGCUUUCUCAAACUGGGUACCCUUACCCUCCGUCCUAAAAAUGUCACCUGAUGAGAUGUUGAAUUGAAAAGGUUAAAUCGCAAAAGAUUUUUAAAUUACAAGAAUUUAAAAUCACAAAAACAAAAGUAAAUCUUCCUAUAAAUUACCUACCGAGCUACAAGUGCUGUUAACGUUUCAUGUUAUAUCCUCUGUUCUUGAGUCGAAGCCUUGCAUGUAAGUUCUUUAUAUAUUUUUGUGAUACUUUAUUUUCAA